UUCUACUCUGCGAAGCAAACUACAUCAUCCCCACCUCUUCAUAACCCAACAAUGACCCCCUCAAUCCUCAUCGCCGGCGCGACCGGCAACACCGGCCGGAACGUCGUCAAAACCCUAUCCCAACUGCUAGCAACGACCGACACCCUCCCCCACCACCGCAUCCUGGCCCUCACCCGCUCCCCCCAGAGCGCGAUCGCGCAGCAGCUCGCCCAGCUACCCGGCGUGGAGGUCCUCGAGCAGAACUGGGUCGAGCUGACCCCAUCCUGGCUCCAAGAACACGGCGUGGACCGCGCGUUCCUCGCAUCACACAACCAACCCCACCAAUUCGCCGAGGAAUCGAGCUUCCACGUCGCCGCCCUGCGCGCCGGGGUCCGGUACGUGGUGCGCAUCUCGACGACGGCCGCGAACGUCCGCCCGGACUGCGACGCCUACUACGCCCGGGCCCACUGGGCCAUCGAGGACCUCCUGCGCGCCCCGGAAUUCCACGGCCUGCAGUGGACCUCCCUCCAGCCGAACAUCUUUGCCGGGCUGUGGCUUGCCUCCGCCGCGGAGUUCAUCCAGCAGGCCCGUCGGACCGGCAGGCAGGGGACGCUGCGGCUGAUGGCCUCUGAGACGGCGCCGGUGGGCAUCGUCGAUCCCGAGGAGGUGGGCGCCCUGGCGGCGCACCUGUUGGUCCAGGCGGACCCGGCGGUGCACAACCGGGCCCGGUAUGUGGUCAACGGGCCUGCGGAUGUCUCCGGGCGGGAGAUCGUGCGGAUGGUGGGUGAGCGGAUCGGGGCGCCGGUGGAGAGGGUCUGCUAUGAGGACUUGUCGGGUCUCGAGGCGUACCUCGAGCGAGAGUUUAUGGGGGCUCCGCAGUCUUCGCGGAAUGUGAUCGGGUCUGUCAAGCACGCGCUCAGGACGGCGUGGGAGGGGAAGUGUGCUGCUUCUACGACAAGCCGGGAGGUGCUGGAGAUCGCGGCGCCGAAGCGGACACCGGUCCAGGUUCUGGACGAUUUGCUGAGGGAGUAGAGGGAGAAAUCGCUGUAUAUCGGUGGUGGUGGAUCGCAUACAUUUUCCUCACCUUGUGUCGAAUGGCCUUGUCUGCUCAUUUGAUUAAUUGGAAGUACUGUACAGCGCAGCUUGGUAGUGGCUGGGAGGUCAAACCCAUGCUAUCAACAACUCCGCUAGGAAUCCAAGUAUGAAUUUAAUUUUCUGAAAACAAUCAC